CACAACAAAGAUGGCGGCCAGCAGGAUCCCCGGCCGCCGACUCUCCGUCUUCCUCUGCCUCCUCCAGCUCGCCUGCAGCUGCUGCGGCGCUCUGCUCGGCGGGGCGGACACACACCGGCGGAAGCUCUCGGCGGAGCUGAACCCGGGCUGGAACUCCUCCGACCCUCCGCCGCCCCCUGGUGUCGCCCUGCUGCACGUACGGGCGCUGGGCGACAACGACACGCUGCACUUCCUGUUCUGCAGCCAGGGGGCGCCGACGCUGCUGCUGGUCCACACCAACACCACCAACUCCACCGUGAAGGUGGACUGGCCGGGGUUCCUGGCCCGCAACACCACGGGCAGCCUGCAGGUGGAGCCGCAGAGCAGCGUCCUGUACAGCAGCGCCCUCCUCUUCAGCAGGCUGUGGGAGUACGACGACGUCAACGACACGGCCGACCCGCAGGCCCUCCCCCCCUCCUCCUUCUUGCCGCCGUUGGAGCUGCAGAAUUUCUCCUGGACGGGUCUGGACGCCGCCGCGCCGACCGCCCAGCUCUGCGCCUCGCCCGGCCUCGCCAACAGCUCGCUGUGCCUGCAGUUCUCAGUGUUUGAGUCUGAGGGGCGUGACCCCAUGUGGCCCCGCCUCCUGCACAACGAUAACUCCUCCCAGUUGAGGGUGUGGCUUGACAAGCUGACGCCCCGAGCCAAUCACUCGCGCUUCUCCCUGGAGCUGCAGGCGGUGGGCGGGGCUUAUCCGCUGGACAGAGUUGAGGUUCUGCGUUCCAUCGACGACGAGUACACACCCUCCAUAUUUAAGGUGUCCCAGUGGGUGGCGUCCCCGGCCAACAGUUCGGAGGUGCUGGGCUUCGUGCAGUGGAAGCCGGUGGCGUACCGCCAGGCCGACGCCGUGCUGGAGGUGGCCACGCCCUGCCGCCACUCGACCCCGGGGCCGGUGGGCGGGGCGGCGGCGGCCUCGGGCCUCGUCAGGGCGUUCUACGGCCCCGAGCCGCCGGCCAGGGGCCUCAACAUCAGCUUCGGCAUGGCAGGGGCCCCGCUCUACAACACCACCAGGUUCCUCAGCUGGACGCUGCUGGUGGGCGUCGGUUCUCCGCCGGUCGAUUCCUUCUCUCUGCUGGUUCUCGUCAUCAUGGCGGUUGGCCUGGGAACUCCCAUGAUCCUCCUGCUGGUGGGCGGAGUCUGUGUCUUGACUCGGAAGAGGGCGGGGCCUCAGGGGCUGGGCUAUGAGCCAAUCAACUGAGGGCGGGGCCGCUGGGUUCCCGGCCAAUGAGGCGGCAGGACUGGACUGCUUUUGAAAAGUUUUUUAAGGUUUUUAAAGGUUCCACAGUUUGUUGCACUAGAACCUCCUGGAAGUUUCCAGUCAGGACACCGGAGACUCCAUUUGAUGUGUGUUUGUGUUUUUUGUUUUUAUUGGAGAAACAGACUUUUACAUUCCACAGAAUCAGAGCGAGUGAUUAAUCUGUGUGUGUGUGUUUCACAUGAUAAUCCAGCUUAUCUCCCUGCAGGAGUUUCAGCUUUAAUCUCAUCCUACAAAAUCCUGGAAACUGAAAAUAAUGUUUGUUUUAUUUCUGAGCCGAGAAAUUCUUUGGAAAAUGAUGAAAUGUCACGAAAGGUCUGGAAAAGUCAUGGAGAACCUGAGAGAGGAGAAAGCUGCGGUCCGGGGGCCUCGCGGAGUCGCUCGGCGCAAAUUUGAUUUUUCUUUUUUAGGUGAGGACCCUUUAGACUCAACUGACAAAAAACAUGGAAAGUUUUUUAAAAAAUGUUUAUUAGCUGAGUCUAAAAGGUUCUCAUCGUUAAUUUUUUUUAACAAGCAGAAUUUUUUUUUUCACGUUCGAACGUGAUUGGCUGAUGGACAUGACGGUUCUGAAGGCGGUGUUGUGUUCAGGGGGCUUUUAUUUUGACAGCAGUGAAACACUGAAGGUUAUUUUUGGUCUGACCUCACAGGUCGUGCCGACAUCAGGCUGUUUACUGGUUGUUUUUUGUUUUUGUUGUUUUGUUGUUGUUAAGCUCACAUUGUCCUGUAAAUCAUCAUUGUUGAUCACUCAUAAUCAAUAAGUGUCAAAUGAUUGUUAAUGUGUGAAUGAAACUCAUCCUGAGAUCAUAAAAACUUCCAGAAACGUCUCCGCUCGGCCUGUUUUCAUUUCCUGUUUGGACCUGGUGGGCGGAGCUUCAGAGGAAACCAGCCAAUCAGCUUCAUUCGAUAUUUCAUUUUAUUAAUUUAGUUUUGUGGGGAGCAACACAGUACUUCAUACAAAGUAAAAUUACUUCUGUUUUAUGCAGUU